CGAAGAUUGAAUGGGAAGGUGGUGGUGGAGGUGCGGUGAUAAUGCGUGAAAGCAGGAGAGGGACCCUCGUGGGAGCAACAAAUGGGCAAUCAGAGGUAAGAGAAAGAGAAACAAACACUUCAACAUCACGACAGGAGAAGGCAUAGUAAAAGACAGCUAGCAUUGAAGAAGGAGCCUCACCUACCAGUGCCCAUCUCCUUUCUCUCUCCCUCUUCCCUUUUAAAUCCUUUCUCACUCUCCUCUCUCCCUUCAAAACCCCCCUCUCUCCCUCUUCCCCCCCUCCUCUCUCUCUCUCUCUCUCUCCCCCUCGCCAUCUUCUGCAACAAAGCACACAGUGUUUUGAUAUCUUCUUCAACCUCCUUAACUUAUAUACAACACUUCUGCUCAACUAUUCAGUCCCAAGGAAAAUUCUCACAGACACAGGCAGACCCACAGCGAAAAUGAUCGGACCCAAUUUCAUGGACGAGAUAGACUGUGGCAGCUUCUUCGACCACAUUGACGACCUCCUCGAUUUCCCUCCAGAAGACGUCGACGCCGCCGUCUUGCCCGCCUCCGCCUUGAAUUGUAACUCCUUCCCCACCGUCUGGCCCGAUGAGUCCGACUCCUUGCCCGGCUCCGACUCUGUCUUCUCUGCCAACAACGCCUCCGACCUCUCGGCCGAGCUCUCAGUUCCAUAUGAAGACAUUGUCCAGUUGGAAUGGCUUUCGAACUUUGUGGAGGACUCGUUCACUGGUGGAAGCCUGACGAUGAAGAAGGUGGAGCAAUCUUGCAUCGCCAACAACGACUCAGCGCACAACCAAUUCCAAACUUCAAGCCCGGUCUCUGUCCUCGAGAGCAGCAGCUCCUGCUCCGGGGAGAAGCCGGUGGCGGCGCCACCUCGAAGCCCGCCGGAAAUGGUUGUGCCCGUUCCCUGUGGCGGACGUGCUCGCAGCAAGCGGCCACGCCCCGCCACGUUCAAGCCUCGCCUCGCGAUGCAGCUCAUCUCGCCGGCAUCCUCCGUCGGUGAAAACACCCAGCGAAAUUCAGACUGUGAGAAUUUCGUGGAGUCUCAUCCGGUGAUCAAGAUACCGAAGCAAUCUUCCGGGGAGCACAAGAAGAAGAAGAAGAUCAAACUGGCUUGUCCAUUAGGUCCUGCUGAUAUGAAUCAGCAAAACCCUUCGUCACAAGCAGUGAGGAAAUGUAUGCAUUGUGAGAUAACAAAGACACCACAAUGGAGGGCAGGUCCAAUGGGGCCAAAAACCUUAUGCAAUGCUUGCGGGGUUCGAUACAAGUCGGGGAGGCUAUUCCCGGAGUACCGGCCGGCGGCUAGCCCGACGUUUUGCCCGUCAUUGCACUCCAAUUCCCAUAAGAAGGUGCUUGAAAUGAGAAGCAAAACACCACUUACUGAUGCUUCACCGGAGCUCAUUCCAAACACUAACAGCAGUAUUACCCUGGAAUACAUAUGAAGUGAAGAAGAGAGGAAGGAAUGAUCCAAGUCUUAUCUAGAGUUAUAUGAAUCUGUUUACUUAAUGAAAAUUUCAUUUCUUUGUUCAUUGGUUUUUUGUACAGGGAUGAAAUGGGCAGUGGGAGUAGGAACCAUAGAUGAUGAAGAAGAAGAAGACGAUGAUGAUCAUAUUUAGCUAUUAGAGGAGGAUUGUAAUGAGAGCUGAUAAAAAAAGGGGUAGAGAAGAGAUAUUUCAGAUAUGCAAGUCAAAAGGGUAGAGUUUUAGUUCUGGUAAUUUUAGGUGUUUGAGGUCAAUAGGAGUUGGAGUCGUCUUGUCUCUUCCUUUUUUUUUUUCCUGCAUUCUUUUCAUUUUUUUUUCCUUCUAAAAAAAUCCUAUCUGGGAAUUCUUUUUGCAGUUCAUUUGUAGCAAAACUUCUGAGUUGAGUAAGGAGCUUUAUAUAUUUUGUUAUGCCUCA